AUGAGCGACGAUGCAUACCCAGACUUCGGGAGUGCCUGGACGUCAGCACCCGCGCCAGCAUUGUCUUCAGCUUCCAACUCAGACCCAGCCGCCGUCGUGCCUGGCGAAGGCGCAUGGCACCCAGCCCAGCGACCCGACUCUAAUGUGCGCCACGCAAGGACGAUACGCACACGCACAGCCUCCGAGCUCGAACUUCACGAUACCUUCCCGCAACCCACGACCGAGAAGCCGAGCUCGCAGCCGCAAGCAGAGUCGAUGGAGCAUGUGCAGGAGGAUGACGGCAACAGGGCUGAAUCGCCCAGCCGAAAACAAAGCAUCAGCGUGCUGACCAACAUGCGCCAGACAUCUCAAGUGGUCGCGCCUGAGCAGAUGUCACAAUUACCCAACACGGAAAGCGACGCAGAAAGCCUGAUGAGCAGACGCGCUAGUACUCAGGGACCUGUUUUAGACAGCGACGAUGAGCCUCUUACAGCGAUUGAUCAGAUUGAGGCCGAGACUCCCAUAUUCCGCCAGGGAGAGUCUGUGCCGGCGCAAGAAUUGCAGCUGGAAACAGAUAUGCCUGACUCGCCUCAUGACCACAUGUGGAUUGGUACUCCUGGGAUGCAGACGCCUGUUGCCACCGAUUUGAAUUUCGAGACCGAGAUCGCCAAGUCUCAACAACGACUACAGGAGGCUGCGUUGGAGUACGAGCACCAGGGUGAGGUCACGGCGAUGGAGGAAGCUGUGGACGAAGCUCCUAGUGCGCCUCUACUUGAUGAUCCGGAAGCUCCGCCUACCGUUCAAGAUACGAGACAGGACGCGACAAUGGAAGUCAUUGGGGAAGACUCGGUUUUGGAUGAUUUCGAUGGGGCUGCUGCUCCAGGACAACCAAUAGCAAAGUCUAGACCACAGAUUGGACAAACCGAGCGCAGUUUCACGACCAACUUUACAGAGCUCCCCAAAAAAGAAGCGAGAGAGGAGGUGCAAGAGAUCAAAACAAGCGUCGAUGACGGAUGGCCAGCUGCUGGCGAUGAUAAGACGUUCGGAGACCUGCUUGACGAUGAGCAUUCGACGCCGGUUCAGACGGCCUCGGUCCAUCCUUUCCCUCCAGUUGACGCGGUCAGCAAGCCAUCAUAUGAUGCCUGGGGAUCCACCGCAAACGAAGACGCUUUUGAUUUCCUCGGGGGGCAAGAUGUGACUGCGACUGCUGAGAGCCAACACGUAAAGGGACAUCGGCGGAAAGACACAUGGGGUGGAUUGGGAUCUGACGAUAUGUUCGGAGAGCUCGUGGGAACAUCAAAUACAUCAAUUGAGGAGUCUAGUCUAUCGUCCACAAUCCCGGUAGCUACCGCCGAGGAAGCACCUACAACGGCCGCACCAGUGACCGCUCUGGCCGAUCAAGUUGACGAUGACAUGGCUGCUGCAUUCGCUGCGGCUUUGGGCGACGAUGAUUUGCUAGAUGAAGUUGCUCUUGACCCCUCAUCGUUCUUUGGAGACGACGACGAUGGUUUUCUGGAGGAUGAGUUGCUCUCGGAGUCUGUGCCUGCGCCGCCUUUGCAGAAUGUGCAACAGGUAUCAAAAGAUCUGCAAACAAGAGCGGGUUCGUAUGUUCCUCAGACAGCUCAGCAAUCUGUGCCAAGGGCACCACAGGCGAAUUCAUAUGCUGCAGCCCCCCUACAGCUGAGCCAAAGCCAUGGCAGGUCUGCAGGCACGCCGACAACCGGAUUGUACGAUGUAUACAACCAAGGCGCGCCGAUACAGCAGCCACCGCAGCGACCCAGUGCUCAAUCAGCACAGAGCUUCGUGGACAAAGCCAAAGGUGGCUACCAAUCACCAUACGACCUUCCUAUGGAUGUUCUGAAACAACCCCGGCAGAGACCGCGGCAAGCACCCUCGACUUCGCAAGCAGCGCCCACGCCACCGCCGAGAAGCAGUAGCGUGUCCUCGCAAAAUGAGCAUCCACUUCUUGCUCGACCACCUACUGCAGGUUCGCAGCCCGUCAGCUUGACUCCGCCUUCGAGCUCAGGGGUUGUGCCUAACACAGCGAUGGGAGGUGCAGUCGCGCAAAAGUCGACCCCAAGGACGAGCAACGCAAGUGGCUUCUUCGAAGACCUUCCAAUGACUGCCAAGCCGCGAGCUCGUCCAUCUGGCGCUUACACGCCUCAACCACAGACAGGAUUGCCGCAGCAGCAGCAGCAGGCUCUUCGUGGCCCGGCACCGCCAGUACAACCACUUCAGAGACCUCAAGCUCCCCCGACACCUGCACAACAGCCCUAUCCCGGCUUGUCUCAGCCCGAAAGGCUCCCGCUGUUACCAGAUCAGCCCACUGCACCGACACCUAUCCAAACGCCUUCUGCGCCACAUGUGAACCAGCGAUACUCACCGAAUAGCCUUCCGACUCCGUCGCAGGCUCAGAAUCGCUUCUCUCCGGCGCCGCCCAGCGGUCAAGCUCCACCAGCAGCAUCGCGAUAUUCUCCUGCGCCAGCUGCGCAAGCGGCCGCGAAAAAGUAUGGCCCUGCACCUUCGACAGUGACUCCUACUGCAUAUCCUGGGAUCCAGCAUCCGCAGUCCCACGCAUUUGCGCCGAGGACGAGCAGCCCGCUAGCAUACCAUGAAAAGCCACAAGCUGCACAGGUCAACGAGUUUGUCCGCAGCGCACCUUCACUGCCAUCGUCGCCUCCAAAGGCCAGUGGGGGCCGUGCUUCGCCAGCUAUCAUGUCUCCUGAGCGAGCAACCAGCUUAAGCUACUCUCCAAUUGAUCAGCGAGGACCAAGCGCGACCAUCAUAUCCUCUCCGCAACGACCACAGACACAAUCAUCUUCUGCAGCCGUCAUGAAGGUCUCGAAGUAUGCUGCUCAAGGGCCUCCCGAGCAAGUGAGUAUUGCAGGCAUCCAGAGCUCAAUGCUAUCAUCAGGAACCGGCCCUCAUCGUACUUCGUUCCUGCCUCAUCGACGUCAAUUCUCACGAGACCUGAAUGUUGUGCCGCCAAGUGAUCAACGUGCACAGGAUCCUUUGCAGCGAUGGAAAGGCCAACCGAUCUUUCACUGGGGAGAUUCAGGUGCAGUCAUCAGUAGCUUCCCAAAGCAGACACCAUUCUACACUGCCGGCCACGGCCUUCCAAGCAUCAAAUGCACGCCCGGAUCCAUUAACGUGGAGCAGGCAACGACUUUCAUGCCCAUAGACGAUAUCAACGCAAAGUUUCCUGGACCGCUGUCGCUCAAAGCCAAGAAGAAGAAGGAUGUCGCCGCUUGGAUGACGACAAAGAUUGAAGUUCUUGAGCAACGAGCACAGCACGUGAGAAUGGAUUUCGAAACAGCGCCAGAUCUCAAAAAGCGAGCAGAGGAGAAGCUCACGCUUUGGAGGAUCAUGAAAGUCUUUGUCGAUCAUGACGGAAAGCUUGAAGGCGACAAGAAAAUUGAGGAUGAGCUCCGUGCCGUUCUGCUUCCUAAUCUUAGCCAAAUGAGCCAGGUUGCACAGUUGCAGAGCCCGAUCGCAACAAUGCAAGGUGGAGAUGCUGUCCAAGCAGACUCUGUGGAUAAGGCGGUAGUCUUCCAGCUUCGACAAGCUCUACUCGAAGGACAGCGUGAGCGUGCUGUUUGGCUGGCAGAAGAAAAGAAAAUGUGGGGUCACGCAAUGCUUAUUGCCUCGACUCUCGGCCCUGAAAUAUGGAAGCAGGUCAUUCAGUCAUUCGUGCGAAGUCAAGUCAAGACCGUUGGCAGCGAUGCGCGAUCCCUAGCCGCACUGUAUCAGGUCUUUGCAGGCAAUGCAGAAGAAUGUGUUGACGAGCUUGUGCCUCCAAGUGCGAGAGAGGGUCGGCAGAUGGUAUCCAAGACUGGUAGUGCCAUUGCUUCAAAUCCACUGGAAGGUCUUGAUCAAUGGCAAGAGACUCUUGGCUUGAUCGCGGGAAAUCGCACGCCAACAGACGGGCACUCUCUGCUCGCACUCGGAAAACUGCUUGCAGGCUAUGACCGGGCCGAGGCCGCGCAUAGUUGUUUCUUGUUCGCCAGACAACUGGCCAGACAUACUGGUAACGACGACGCCGAAGCGACCUUUGUGCUGAUUGGUGCGAGUGGCUCGGAGCUUGGCCACGAUUUGGACGCUGUGAUCUUGACCGAGAUUUACGAAUGGGCUUCUUCGCUAUCGAUGCAGCGGCCAGAGUACAUUGCGCAUCUGCAGAGCUGGAAGCUCGUGCACGCGCAACAGCUUGCAGCAUCAGGCCUUAAGUCUAAAGCAUCGAACUACUGCGACCACAUCACGACGGCCUACCAAUCGACUACCAAGCCAUCGCCAUAUUAUCACCCAACCUUCACACAGACUGUCGCAGAUCUCUCGGCGUUCCUGUCGCAGACUCCUCAAACCGACGGCAGAGGCCUGCUCAGCAAGGGCGCGAUGAAUAAGGUGACCUCAAAGACCUCCAGCUGGUUCACAAAGUUUGUCUCUGGUGACGACGAUCAAGAUUCCAAUGCUUCUGGGGGUGGUCCAGGCAGUGAGGUGUUCGGAAUGGUCAACGGCGAAUCUUCGGAGCUCAGUCGCCGCGGCUCGGGAGAGGGACUUUACAAUGCGAUGAUGGGCGGCAGUGCCGCACCUCCAUAUGCGCAGCCUCCCAUGUCAACACCUUUCCCGCAGCAGCCUUUCGCACCAUCUUCAGCGCCAAGCAAGUAUGCUCCCUCAGCCGGAGCAGUGAAUGGUAGCAAGUAUGCACCUCUUGCUGCUGGUAGUAUGGGAAUGCCUGCGGGUGAACCACACCGCGCUUCGUCCGAGAGGAGAUAUGCGCCUGCACCAUCACCGCGGCCUUCUUCGGGGGGUCUGGACGUGGCUAGGCCAGAGGCCAAUAGAGCUGUCUCUGACUAUGGAGUGCCAUACUUGUCCGACUCAAGAAGAGGAAGCCCUCAGUAUUCAUCCGCCAGCUAUGAGCCGAGACCUGCACUUGCGGAGCAGUCAAGAGCGAACACAUACCAGACGAUCGCACCUCGUCAGUCUGUAGCACCUGCUGUGCAAGGAUUCGAUUCUCCCGUACCGGCCUUUGAUACUGAAGAAACGAUACAAGGUCCUGAGGACGGAGGAUAUCAGCCGCCAAGCAGCGCAGAGAGCAACCAGCCUUCUCCGAGCCUCGGGUAUGAACCGCCUUCGUCGGGCUAUGGCUACGAGCCGCCCAGCUAUCAGCCUUACGAACCAGAGCCCGAGGCUGAAGAAGCAGAGGAGAAGCCUAGACGGAAAAUGAUGGACGAUGACGACGAUGACGAUCUUAUUGCGCGCGCUGCAGCUGUCAAGUCGUCUACACCAGCUACCAACACUUCGGCAAACCAGUCAUCCACAAUGUCAAAGUCGGAUGCAGACCGCAUCGCCGAAGAAGCCUUCCGCAAAGCUGCCGAGGCAGACGCAGCACGCGAUAGUGCGCCAAAAGAAGGUAAAAAAGGUUGGUUCGGAAGUGUUGGCCUGGGCGGCGGAGGCUGGUUUGGUGGCAAGAAAGACACGUCAAUGCCACAUUCAGCCCCGAAUAAACCCAUCAAAGCAAAGCUUGGCGAGGAAAACUCUUUCUACUUCGACAAAGAUCUGGGCAAGUGGGUGAAUAAGAAAGAUCCUCAGUCUGCUCAGACUGCAGCGGCUGCUACACCACCUCCGCCAAAAGGAGGCGCAAGCAGAGUCACGAGCGCUGCAGUGGGACCUCCUUCCGGCCCACCAAGCAGAGUCACGUCUGGAGUUGGCCUUGCUGGGGCCGCACCUCCUCAUCCCCCAUCAAUCUCCGGUUCUCCUCAGCCAGGUCAAAGUCUUCCAUCAGGUCCUCCCUCGCGAAUUGGCACUCCUGCGGGCGGGUCUGACUCUGGUGCGAUGCCUUUGAACCCUGCGAUCGCAGCCCUAAAUGGAACUGGACCUGGAUCCAAGCCGCCGAGUCGACCUCCUACAAGCAUGUCCAAUGCCAGCAGUCUGGACGACUUGCUUGGCGAGCCCACGGCAAGAAAAGCGGGCGGCACAGUCAAGAAGAAGAAAGGUGGUCGAUAUGUCGAUGUCAUGCAGGCGAAGUAACUCGUCAUGACCUAUUGUUCGAUUUAUUACAGCAUGGCGUCGGCGUUUUCGAAUCGAUACAAAUAUGACCGGUCCAUCGACCAUGUCAGUCUGGUUUUGGGUAUGGUGAACUUCUCAGCAUGGAAGCAUGAGUUGGACACAUGAUGCCGAUCUGUAACACAGUAGCUACGCAUAUUAAUGACACCGUCGCUCACGAGCGGGUUGCGUUUGGUGAGGAGCAAGUCAUGUCCUCACCUCUUCGACUUC